CAGCAUCAGACUGUAUCCAGAGCUACAGGACACAUCACACGAUGGACCAGAGCACUUUAGAGGACGAACACACGAAGUAUACGGAGUCUUUAGAGUAGCUCAUCAAUGACCUGACAGGGGAAAUAAAACACCUCUAGGAUUUAGCAGUAUAGCUUUGAUACAAAGUUGUCUCUUUCUCAGUAUAGACUUUGUUGCUGUUGACUUGGAAAACAGCAAUAAUAAAAUAAAAUGCUGCCUUGGAAGAAGAACAAGUUCGAUCUGAUCGAGGAAGACAGCAGUAAUAAGUCGAACAACAAGCAGAAGGGCUAUGCUGUGAGCCUCAACUACUCGGCUCUCACCUCCUUCGCCAAGUCCUGCCCGGAGAGCGCCCUGAACCGGGUGGGCAGUAUGUUCAAGUCCAAGAGGAAAAAGGUGAAGAUCACCAGCGAGGACCCCACCUACACCGUCCUCUACCUGGGCAACGCCACCACCAUCCAGUCUAAAGGAGACGGCUGCACGGACGUGGCUGUGAGCAAGAUCUGGACCAAGAGCGAGCAGGGUAAAAACGGCACCAAGAUGCGUCUCACCGUCAGCUCGCAGGGCAUCCGCAUGGUGCAUGUUGACGACAAGGCGAGGAGGCCGGGACACCUGUACCUGCUGCACCGGAUAACCUACUGCGUGGCGGACCCGAGGCUGCCCAAGAUCUUCGCCUGGGUGUACCGGCACGAGAUGAAGCACAAGGCCGUGAUGCUGCGCUGCCACGCGGUGCUGGUGUCCAAGCCGGAGAAGGCGAAGGCCAUGGCGCUGCUGCUCUACCAGACCUCUGCUACGGCUCUGGCGGAGUUUAAAAGACUGAAAAGGAGGGAUGAUGCAAGGCACCAACAGCAGCAGCUCAUAGGCGAGCAGACCAUCCCGUUAGUCCCCAUUAGGAAGCUGCUGAACGGACAAUGUUACUACAAACCCCCGGUGGAGCGCAGCCGGAGCGCGCCCAAGCUGGGCUCCAUCACGGAGGACUCUGUGGGAGAGGAGGAGGAGGAGAAAGCAGCGAUGCACUUUGAGUGUGAGGACAUCCUGGACACGGAGGAUGAUGAGUGUGUCCUGGGCAAUGGGAAACAGGAGUUGAGUCAGAUUAUUAACGAUUUGGGAGAGAUGAGCAUAGGGAACGACGUGCAGACGCUGAAAGCUGACCUGAGAGUCACCAGGCUGCUGUCUGGAGAGAGCACUGGCAGCGAGUCCUCCAUAGAGAGCAGCAACCAGGAGCCUCCUGCGCCUACUCACGCCUUUCAGGAGGUGAAGGUGCUGCAGGAAAUUGCCUGAGUUAUUUUAGGGUGUUUCUUAGGCGCCUCUGUUUUGUUGAGGCACAAGAAAAACAUUCCCUCCGUGUUGUAAUCUGGAGCCUCCACGACUAUCUGAGAGGAUCCCAAAAAAAAGACAGAAGGUUUCUUGGACAAUUACCGCACAUGGACACACAUUUAGGCUACUGAGUGAUAUUAUUUGUGUAAACAAUGGAGAAACAAGUGCAUGGACAGGUUGAACCAACAGCAUCCCACGGCACUAAUUCCAUCUCUUUUAUUUAUUUGUUGCAUCCUCAAGCUUGUUAACUUUACUUUUUUUUUUCCCCUUGCAAAUUGCAUUCUUCUGUCAGCAUUAUUUUCAUGAACCUUGGGAAUAAAUGCUUGCACCCAUCCGUCACUCAACAACAGUGCAACAUAAUGAGUGUUCAGUGUUUCUGCCUUACAGUAAACUGUAUACUGUAUACUUCAUAUCUGUAGGGAUCUCUGUAACUAAACAGAGAGAUGCUGCUGUCUGAUGUGAUAUAUCUGAUAUGUCUCUGACUGUUGCUCUUCAUCCCCUCCAGUCUCAACCUCUCUCUCCUCCCUCUCUGUGGAUGCAGAAAAAAGACAGAAGGUUCUGGGACAAUUAACUGCACAUGGACACACAAUUAGGCUACUGAGUGAUAUUUUUUAAGAUUGUGUAAACAAUGGAGAAACAAGUGCAUGGACAGGUUGAAACCAACAGCAUCCCAGUGCGCCUUUAGGACGCACGGCACUAAUUCCAUUUCUUUUUAUUUAAGAGGAUUUGUUGCAUCCUCAAGCUUGUUUACUUUACUUAAAUGGCAUUUUUCUGUUGAAAGAUUGUCAUCACGAUCCAAAAAAAUGUUUUUGUUCUUUUCCUUUAAGUGGUUCUUUCAGUGGGUCUAAACAGGCAUCCUUAUUUCUCCUGUCAACAGCCUGUCUCUUCAUUUACAUUAUUUUGCACUGUUGUGGAACUCAUUCAAGUAUUAUGUUGACUACAUGUACAUAAUGUUUGUUUUUGUCGGUAUGUUGUCUGAAACAUAAAUGUCAUAUCUUUGCUGUGCAAAAGGAAAAAAAACACCUUUAUGUAUUAAACUGUAAAGUAAGAUGUUUUAAAGUAUAAAUAUGUUAUUUUUUAAAGAGAAUGUGGUUUGUUAUGUGAACCUCAUAGAAUUAUCAAUAAAAAAUUUAAAAUUA